AUGCCCACCGCCGAGGCCUCCCAGGUGGCAGGCGGGCAGGGUGACGGAGGUGACAGCGAGGACACGGAGCCAGAGGGCGCGCUCAAGGCGCCCGUGGGCCCCAGGAGGAAGGCCCGGGACUGCCUCCGCCUGGCGCCCCUGUGGCUGGCCCUGGUCGCACUGGCCGCCGUGGGAGUCCUGCUCUGGUAUUUCCUAGGGUACAAGGCAGAGGGGACGGUCAGCCAGGUGUACUCGGGCAGCCUGCGCGUGCUCAACCGCCACUUCUCCCCGGACCUCGCCCGCCGGGAGUCCAGUGCCUUCCGCAGUGAAACCGCCAAAGCCCAGAAGAUGCUCAAGGAGCUCAUUGCCAGCACCCGCCUGGGCACUUACUACAACUCCAGCUCGGUCUACUCCUUCGGGGAGGGGCCGCUCACCUGCUUCUUCUGGUUCAUCCUCCAAAUCCCUGAGCACCGCCGGCCGAUGCUGAGCCCCGAGGUGGUGCGGGCAGUGCUGGUGGAAGAGCUCCUGUCUGCGGUCAACAGCUCAGACCCUGCUCCCUACAGGGCUGAGUAUGAGGUGGACCCCGAGGGCCUGGUGAUCCUGGAAGCCAGCGUGAAAGAGAUAGUUGCCCUGAACGCCACCCUGGGCUGCUACCGCUACAGCUCCGUGGGCCGGGGCCAGGUCCUCCAGCUGAAGGGGCCCGACCAGCUGGCCUCCAGCUGCCUAUGGCACCUGCAGGGCCCCGAGGACCUCAUGCUCAAGCUCCGGCUCGAGUGGACGCGGCCCGACUGCCGGGACCGGCUGGCCAUGUACGACGCGGCCGGGCCCCUGGAGAGGAGGCUCAUCACCUCGGUCUACGGCUGCAGUCGCCAGGAGCCGGUGGUGGAGGUGCUGGCGUCGGGCGCCAUCAUGGCGGUGGUGUGGAAGAAGGGCCUGCACAGCUACUACGACCCCUUCCUGCUCUCCGUACAGCCCGUGGCCUUCCAGGCCUGCGAGGUGAACCUGACCUUGGAGGGCCGGCUGGAGCCGCAGGGCGUCCUCAGCACACCGCACUUCCCCAGCUACUACCCGCCUGCCACACACUGCUCCUGGCACCUGACGGUCCCUUCCCUGGACUACGGCCUGGCCCUCUGGUUUGACGCAUACGCACUGCGGCGGCAGAAGUAUGACCUGCCCUGCGCCCAGGGCCAGUGGACCAUCCAGAACAGGAGGCUGUGCGGCCUGCGCACGCUGCAGCCCUACGCCGAGAGGAUCCCUGUGGUGGCCUCCGCCGGCAUCACCAUCAACUUCACCUCCCAGACCUUCCUCACCGGGCCGGGCGUGCAGGUGCACUACAGCCUGUACAACCAGUCGGACCCCUGCCCGGGAGAGUUCCUCUGCUCCGUGAACGGACUCUGCGUGCCCGCCUGCGACGGGGUCAAGGACUGCCCCAACGGCCUGGACGAACGGAACUGCGUGUGCAGAGCCAUGUUCCAGUGCCAAGAGGACAGCACGUGCAUCUCCCUGGCCAGAGUCUGUGACCGGCAGCCCGACUGUCUCAACGGGAGUGACGAAGAGAACUGCCAGGAAGGGGUGCCCUGUGGGACCUUCACCUUCCGCUGUGAGGACCGCAGCUGCGUCAAGAAGCCCAACCCGCAGUGCGACGGGCGGCCUGACUGCAGGGACGGCUCGGACGAGCAGGGCUGUGACUGUGGCCUCCAGGGCCCCUUGGGCCGCAUCGUGGGUGGGGCCGUGUCCUCAGAGGGAGAGUGGCCCUGGCAGGCCAGCCUCCAAGUUCGGGGUCGCCACAUCUGUGGGGGAGCCCUCAUCGCUGACCGCUGGGUGAUCACAGCUGCCCACUGCUUCCAAGAGGACAGCACAGCCUCCCCCGCGCUGUGGACCGUGUUCCUGGGCAAGGUGUGGCAGCGCUCCCGCUGGCCGGGGGAGGUGUCCUUCAAGGUGAGCCGCCUGCUGCUGCACCCGUACCACGAGGAGGACAGUCACGACUACGACGUGGCCCUGCUGCAGCUCGACCACCCGGUGGUGCGCUCGGCCGCGGUGCGUCCCGUGUGCCUGCCGGCGCGCUCCCACUCCUUCGAGCCGGGCCUGCACUGCUGGAUCACUGGCUGGGGCGCCCAGCGUGAGGGAGGUGCGCAGCCGGGGGGCCCGGACACCUGCCCCAGGCCAGUGCACUGCCCCACCAGCAAUGGCCUGCAGAAGGUGGAUGUGCAGCUGAUCCCCCAGGACCUGUGCAGCGAGGCCUACCGCUACCAGGUGACACCCCGCAUGCUGUGUGCCGGCUACCGCAAGGGCCGGAAGGACGCCUGCCAGGGCGACUCGGGAGGCCCCCUGGUGUGCAAGGCGCCCAGUGGCCGCUGGUUCCUGGCAGGGCUGGUCAGCUGGGGCCUGGGCUGUGGCCGCCCCAACUACUUUGGUGUCUACACUCGAAUCACAGGUGUGAUUGGCUGGAUCCAGCAGGUGCUGACCUGAGGAGCUGCCCUGAAGAACUACGGCUGACCUCCUGGGCCCAGCCCAGGGCUCCACCUGGCAGCGAGCAAGUAUUCUGGGGGUGACAGACCCUGAGCAGCCCAUCUCCCACCGCCCCAGUGUGGGCAGGGGAGGGCGAGAGCCACAGCCUGGUGGUCAAGACUUCCUCGAAGCCUGGCUGGUCACCGGGCAUGGCCCGGCGAGUCGGCGUCCAGUGUGUCACCUCCCGAUUCUCCUCCUGCCCCUCCCCCCAAGACUGACAUUGGGGGGAAUCGUUCAGCAUCAACAUGGCUUCCGGGUCCCAGUAGGAGUGUCUGAGAUCCCCCCUACCCCCCAAUUCAGAGGCUGCCAGGACACCGCUGUUCAAAAUACUUAACCUAACCCCAGGUGGGGUGGAAGGUGCCCACCAGAGGGACCCUCGGUGCCCCAGAGACAGCCAAGUGGUCCAGCUGCCAUCAUAAGCCAAAGGGUGGGGGAGCCCCAGGUCCAGGGCCCCAGCCCCGCCCCUCCCACCCAGGGCACCCACUGCCCACCUCACCGGAGGGGCCCAGCUGCCCUGUGGAAUAAAGC